UGAGGGAAGCCAGGAGUGAUGGCCAGAGAGGAGGAGGCCGCGGGGGUCCACGUGGAGGGGGCCGUGGUCGUGGACGUGGACGUGGGUUUAACCAAGACUUUGCUGCUGAUGAGAAUGCUUUUGGCAGCAAUAAUGGAUUCUCUGGGAGGUACAGUGCUCCAGAAAAUGGAGAAUCAGGAAAGGUCUCUGAAAGGAGAGGUGGAUACGGUGGAUCUCGUGGGGGCUUUUAUGGAGGUCGUCGUGGUGGUUUCAAUAAUGGGGAUGCUGCAGAUGGAGAAAUUGAACGCCCAAGGAAAGUGUUCGAUCGACGAAGUGGCACUGGCCGUGGGAAUGAGUAUAUUAAACGGGAGGGCUCUGGUCGUGGGAAUUGGGGAACUACUGCAGAUGAUAUUGCACCGGAGACUGAAGUACCUGUUGUUGAUGGUGAGAAGAUUGUCGAGGCUGAGAAACAAACUGGGCAGGAAGAUGCUGGAGAUAACAACAAGGAUUCUACUGCUGCUGAGCCAGAAGAGAAGGAACCUGAGGAGAAGGAGAUGACCCUCGAGGAGUAUGAGAAGGUAAUGGAGGAGAAGAGGAAGGCUUUGGUGGCUCUAAAGCAGGAGGAAAGAAAGGUUAAUUUGGACAAAGAACUUCAAUCUAUGCAACUUCUCUCAAACAAGAAGAAUGAUGAUGAGAUUUUCAUCAAAUUGGGUGCUGAGAAAGAUAAGAAAAAGGAGGCAGUGGAAAAAGCCAAAAAGACUCAAACCAUAAACGAGUUUCUGAAGCCUGCUGAGGGAGA